AUACAAAUGUAAUAUGGUAAGAAACUCGCUGAGGAUUUAUCAAGAUCUAAAAUAGAAAUAUUGGAAGAUUUUUCAAGAGUAACUGAGUCAGUAGAAUCAUUAGAUAGCUUCUUACCAUAAUUUCAUUGUGAAAAUAGAGAAUAAUUAGAAGUAGAGAGAAGAGUCGUUGCAUAUCUAAGAUCAUUGGGAAUUUAAUUUAAAACUGAUCCUGCAAAGAAAGAAUAAGAUUAUUAGUAAAUUCUACUAUAAUAUUUUAGUGAAAAACCAAAAAAGAGUGCCAUUAUAUUUUAAUAAACUAUUGGAGAAUCACCUUCAAUAGGUCCAAUGACAGUAAUUAGAUUUGUAGGUGAACAAAGUACUAAUUUGAGUGAUAAUGGAAUCUGGUUGAAUCCAUUUAAGGCAAGAAAAUAAUAAUCGUUUGAACUAUGAG